GAUGUAAGUAGAUUUUGUUAACACACUUGUAUACACCGUUAAGUGUCUGUUGUAAAUUUCGAUUUCAGAUUACAAGUCAGCCGCAAGAGGCUCUUCUUCCUAAUGAUAGGAACCAUAGUAGGAGUGGGAAUGAUAACGCUCGCUGCAGUCUAUGUACUGCACGAGGAAGAGGUAGAGGACAUUCUCGACAUCGAUGAUGACGAUGGCGAUAAAAAUGAUCUUAAAGCUGUAGGAGCGGUUGCAUCAAAUGCCUACGAAUGCGCUUCGAUAGGAGCGGACAUUUUUCGGGCAGGUGGAUCCGCGGCCGAUGCAGCUAUCGCUGUAAUGUUGUGUGAAGAAAUUGCCUGUCCGGAGAGUGCCGGAAUCGGUGGUGGAUUUCUGCUUACAUACUAUCAGCGUGAUUCGGGGAAGGUGAUCGUAAUGGAUGCCAGAGAGAUUGCCGCUCGUGCAGCUAAGAAAGAUAUGUUCGUCAACUUCAAGAACGGGACGGCUCAUGGAGCACUGGCGAUAGCUACUCCUGGGGCUUUGAAAGGGUACUGGCUUUUACAUCAGCAAUUUGGGAAAUUGCCUUGGAGAAGCCUUAUAGAACCUUCGAUUGAACUAUGCCACAGAGGUCACAUUGUGAAUCCCUACAUGGAAGAAGCAUUGUUGGAUAUAAGGAAAGAAAUUUUAGAGACUCCGUCCUUACGGGAAAUAUUCGUCAAUCCAGAAACUGGAGAUGUGUGGAAGGAAAACGAUCGUAUUUUUAGACCUGAUUUUGCUGAGACACUGAAGGUGAUUGCUGAAGAAGGAUCGGAUGCAUUGUAUUCACGAAAUGGAUCACUACUUCCCAAGUUGAUGCAAGAUUUGAAGGAGCAUGGAAGCAUUCUUAAGGAAGAGGACUUUUACAAUUAUGAACCACGUUGGUUUUCUCCAGUAUCAACCAAGGUACGGGGGGAAAACACGGUUCACAGUGCUGCUCUGCCCGGAGGUGGGACAAUCUUGGUUCAUAUGCUGAAUGUUCUUGAUGGGUUUAAGGAUCUUGAGCCAUCGGAUCCAGUAACAUGGCAAAGGGUGGUGGAGACAUUCAAACAUGCCUACGGGAUCCGCACCAGACUGGGAGAUCCUCCGUUUGUUCUGGGCAUUGAGGCAUUAAUUCGAAACCUCACCGACAAGGGUUAUGCAGACUAUAUUAGGGAGAAAAUUAAGGAUGAUCGCACUUAUACCAGUUAUGAUUAUUACGGAGCAGAUUUCUCACCAUCGGAAGACCACGGAACGGCACAUGUUUCAGUGCUAGCUCCAAAUGGAGACGCCAUAGCUGUCACCAGUACUAUUAAUGAUUAUUUUGGUGCUCAGAUUCGAUCCUCUCGAACCGGAAUAAUUAUUAACGGAGAGAUGGAUGACUUUGCCGUCCCUGGAGUCGUCAAUAUCUUCGGAGUUCCAGCAUCGCCAGCCAACUUUAUCGUUCCCGGGAAACGCCCGCUCUCGUCCAUGGCUCCUACGAUUGUGGUGGAUGGAAGUGGCAAUGUUCGCUUGAUCGCAGGAGGCGCCGGUGGAACUAGAAUCACAACUGCGACGCUCCAGGUAAUCCUUCGGAAGGUGUUCUUCGGUCAGGACCUGCAAUCGUCGAUGGAUGGAUUCAGGGUUCACCAUCAGCUAGCACCGAUGGAGGUGGAGUAUGAAGAUCAUGUCGAUUCCGGCAUUGUUCAACAGUUGGAGGCCCGAGGUCAUGCCGUGCGAAAAGUGAAAAGGGUUGCUACGAUGACUGCUGUGGCCCGGGAGGAUGACGGAAGAGUGACGGCUGCUUUCGAUCCAAGGAGGCCUGGAAGUGUUGCGAUUAUUGAGCUGUAGAUAAUGGUGGAUUGCGGAUGUGUUUGAUGGAAUA